GACGCCGGGACGACAAGCGCAGAGAUAAACCCACUCUGAAACCACCAGGGUCGGGGACAAAAUUAGUGAAGCCCUCCGUUCCGCUUUCACCUACAGCUGUUUAUAUUUUAUCACUUCAUCAAAGAGAGGGAGGCCAGCCCAGGAUGAACGGCGAGUCAGGUGCCGGGGUGGUGACGGCCCCCCCUCCCACCACAGCCCCCCACAAGGAGAGAUACUUCGACCGGGUGGAUGAGAGCAGUCCGGAGUACCAGAGGGAGAGAAACAUGGCACCCGACCUGCGGCAGGACUUCAACAUGAUGGAGCAGAGGAAGAGGGUCUCCAUGAUACUACAGAGCCCGGCAUUCUGCGAUGAGCUGGAGACAAUGAUCCAGGAUCAGCUGAAGAAGGGGAAGACGCCCACUAGCCUGUUGGCUCUGCAGCAGAUCGCAGACUUCAUGACCACCAGCAUGCCUUCCAUGUAUCCCGCUGCACCACAAGGAGGCAUGGCGGCGCUCAACAUGAGUUUGGGUAUGGUGACUCCAGUGAAUGAUCUGCGUGGCUCAGACUCUAUUUCCUACGAGAAAGGCGAGAAGCUGCUUCGUUGCAAGCUGGCUGCCUUUUAUCGGCUCGCUGAUUUGUUCGGCUGGUCGGAGCUCAUCUACAACCACCUCACAGUCAGGGUGAACUCAGACCAGGAGCGCUUCCUCAUCGUCCCUUUUGGGCUCCUGUACAGUGAAGUCACUGCCUCCAGUCUGGUGAAGAUAAACCUUCAGAGUGAGAUAGUGGACCGGGGCAGCACCAAUCUCGGGGUCAACCAGGCUGGCUUCACCCUCCACUCUGCCAUCUACGCCUCACGGCCCGAUGUCAAGUGUAUUGUUCAUGUACACACACCCGCGGGUGCUGCGGUGUCAGCCAUGAAAUGCGGCCUGUUGCCCAUCUCACCUGAAGCGCUGUCCCUGGGUGAGGUGGCCUAUCAUGACUACCACGGCAUACUGGUGGAUGAGGAAGAAACUACUCUCAUACAGAGGAACCUUGGGCCUAACAGCAAGGUGUUGAUCCUGAGGAACCAUGGCUUGGUGUCUGUAGGCGAAACAGUGGAGGAAGCUUUCUAUUACAUCCACAAUCUGGUCACUGCCUGUGAGAUCCAGGUGCGAACACUGGCCAGCGCUGGAGGGCCCGAUAACCUAGUGAUGCUGGAUCCGGGGAAAUACAAGGCACGCCCACGGGUCCCGGAGCCAGCUGGUGACGGGUCCUCUUCACACCCCAAGUGGCAAGUCGGGGAGCAGGAGUUUGAGGCUCUCAUGAGAAUGCUCGACAACUUGGGCUACAGGACGGGCUACCCUUACCGCUGCCCGGCAUUGCGAGACAAAGCUAAAAAGUACAGUGAUGUGGAGAUCGCUUCCUCUGCCCACGGUGGUUACUCAUACGGCGAGGACAGUGACUCAGGCGCUCGCUCCCCGCUGAAACACAGCUUCCAGCGCGGCCAGCGCGACAAGAACCGCUGGCUUAAUGCCGGCGGCCGGCCCGACGAGCCCUACGAGGACGGGCCCGACGGCAGCAGCCCCAAGUCGAAGCCUAAGUGGACAAAGGAAGACGGGCUCCGCCAGGCUGCCGCAGUCAAUCAGUUCAUCCCAAUGAACACAAACCCAAAAGAAGUCCUGGAAAUGAGGAAUAAGAUCCGUGAGCAGAACCUGCAGGACAUAAAGACAGCGGGGCCCCAGUCUCAGGUUUUGUGUGCUGGCACCGUGGUGGAACGCUCCUUUAACCAGGGGGAGCUAGUGACCGCGUCCAAAGCCAUCAUCGAAAAGGAGUACCAGCCCAAGGUUAUUGUCAGCAAGCAGGGUCCAAACCCCUUCACCAAGCUCACCGACCAGGAGCUGGAGGAAUACCGCAAGGAGGUGGAGCAGAAACAGAAAGGGUCUGAAGUGCAGGGACGAGACGGUAAUAGGGAGGGAUCAGCCUCCAGCGUACCCUAUCCAGAGCCUGAAACGCUACCAAGGGGUCAAGACAGCGUCUCCACACCUCUGCAGUCUGCAGCUGAUUCACCCAGCUUACACAAAGCUCCGCCUACAACUGCCACACCUGCUUCACCAGCCUCUUAUCAGUGCCCUCCGUCCCUCGGCCUCUCCGGCGGGGCUGAGCCAGCGCUGGGCGGCGCAGACUCUGCGGGGGCGGUUCUAGAUGAAGUUUUUCCGACUGAGGAUGAGCUUCUUUCGGCUCCAGAUUCACCACAUAAGGAGUUCCACUGCGCCGUGCUGCGAGCCCUCAGCAAGGAGACAUCAAUGGUAGAGGCGCCUCUGGCAGAUCAGGCUGCAGACCCAGAGGAGCUAGUAGAGCCCGAGGAGGAGCCCAAAGGCCAGAAACCCACCACCACGCCACCCAGCACCCCAGUCAGAGCAGAGGAAGAGUCCUUGCCCGAACAAACCUAUAAGGACGAGAGCGACCCAGCCACCCUGAGACAGACCCUUCCAGAUUUAACACCCGAUGACCCCUCCGAUGCCCCAGCGCUUCCUGCCGAAGACUCCGCCUCUGCCCCUGCCACCACUGACGCAGAUGCAGCCGAGGUGGAAGAACACGCUGACGCUGGCGACCAGGAGGGUGAAGAGUCUCCCAGCAAAUCACCCUCCAAAAAGAAAAAGAAGUUCCGCACUCCUUCCUUCCUAAAGAAAAACAAAAAAAAGACAGAGUCUUAGAUUGGAGAAUACUGGAUCGGUCCUCAAGGCUGGCCUCUGCCUCUUUUCAUUUCCGCUUUUUGUCUGCUUUCAUCGCACCCUUCGAGCAAGCCACAGUUACACACAGUUACGCUUUUUGUUGUUUUGAUAUCAUUUGU